AUGAGCAUGCGGCGCCGGUGCACGGUCGCGACGCUGCGGGCGAGCUUCGCCCUCCUCUUCGUCCUGUCGCUCGUGCUCACGUGGUGCAGCCUCUACGCGGGUGGCUCCCUGCCACGCGCCACAUCGACUCUAAGGCCGCCCAGCAAUUUACGCGCCAGCACAUCGGCGCCGACGGCCGGCGCGACAGAGCCUCCUGCACCGAUUGCCAACGAUGUGUACCCUGACGUCGGCUUGCCACCCGACGUUCUCUUGGGGCGCGUCAUUGGCAACGCGCUGCCGCCUCGGCAUCACCCGAACCGGACUCUCGCCAACAUUCGAUUCAUCUUGGAGCACGAAGACCUCGAUGACGCGCGUGUUCAGAGCCAUUGGGUGCUUAACCGCAUCCUGGAUCCCGCAGUUGAGGCCGAUAUCAUUGCCCUCCUCACGCUCUUUGAGGCCAACUACUCGGUCAUUCCGUUCGACGUGCGGGCGUACGCGGCUCAACCGUUCGCCCUCUUUGACGAAGACGACGGCACGGACCACUUGCACGCGGAGACGGCGCUGGACGCGUGGAACUCGAAGCUCCUCGUCUCGAGCAUUUACGACACGAAGAACUUGUAUGCAAUGAGCAUCAACCACGCGCGCAAUGCCAUACUGGACCUUGGGCAUGCGCUUGGUGUGCGCUGGAUUUUGCCGUGGGACCAAAACUGCUUUCUCACGCGGUCGGCGUGGAAAACGAUCCGCGCCGACUUGGAUGCAUACCAAGACGACGCGAGUACCAAGUACGUUGUGACGUGGAUGGACCGUCUCCGCGUUGAGAACGACGUCGUCUUGGUGCCAAACUACACGCCGGACGCCUGGGAAGAACCGCAGAUCAUCUUUCGCAGCGACGCCGGCGAGCGCUUUGACGAAGCACUGCGAUAUGGGCGUCGGGACAAGGCUGCGCUUCUCGUGCGCCUCGGUGUGCCGGGCGUGUGGUUUGAGUGGGGCUGGAGUCAGUGGGAGCGUGCGCGUACGUACGAGAAGCCUGCUGUGGACUGCCCGUCGCCACCGCCGUCCUCGGGCUACGUUGUGCGUCUUUUCUCAGGCAAGGCUGUGUACGAGGGUCAAGCCAACGGGUUCCACCGCGAGAUGGCGCGCGCCGAUGCAGUGACGACGAUGCUUGAGACAUUGGAAGCGCGGGCGAUGGUCGACGCCCUGCAGUACACACCAACCCGCCUCGUGCUGUACGAUCCUGACCGGCUUCGGUCGCUGGCGCCGCUGGCCUUGGCGCAGGUCCAAGCCAGGGCUGAGCGCGCCAUGCAAAUGAGCAGUCCAGCACAGAGGUCGAUUUCGGAUCGCUCGAUGUACAGUCCGGACAUGUCCAACGAUGCGAUCGAGCGCGAGAUGCGCCGGCAGUUUGACGCGUUUGUCGACGCGACGGCUGCGCUUGUGUUUGGCUACCUCGCGAAGCGCGACGACAUGUAUGCCACCAAGGCGCUCAUGCUCGUCCACGCAUGGUUCAUUCAAGACAGAACCAAAAUGCAGCCAGUGCCAAGUCUCAAGGUGACGCAAUCACUGCCCGUGCUCUGUGACGCGCUUCGUUUGCUGGAGACGCAGGCGAGCAGCCUCUUCACGGCCGGUAUCGCGAUGCAUGUGACAACCUGGAUGAAGGAGUAUCUCUCGGCGCUGGUGGACCCCGAGAAGGCUCGGAGCUGGUUUGUUUCGCGAGGCGCAACUGGAUUGAGCUACGAUAUGCAAGUCGCGACUCUUUCCGCGUACGUCAACGACCCGGCGCGAGCUCGGUACCAUCUGCACACGGUGCAGUCGCGCCUCCUCGCACUGCCGACGGGAGACGACGCUGUAGAGCAAUUGCGCCUGUAUGUGCAGGUCGCCGCCAUGGGCGUUUCAGCGGGCGCCGACAUGUGGCAAUUCGAGGCCCCGGCCAAGCCGAACGUGCUCUGCACCGCGGUGGCGGCGCACGUGUCGUGCUGUGACCCCACCACCGACCACAUAUGUGCAGCAGCCGCGACCAAUGUAUCGAGUAUCUAUGCUCGGGGGUGGGACCUCUUGGAUGUCGCGCUGCGGCACUGCGACGCGUGGAGCGCAGCGUGCCCGCAAGUGCGCGACCGUGUGCGAGCGACGGUUGACAAUGCAGCCCAUUGGCAAGACCUCAGCGCGGCGUGGCUGGCGCACUCGAUACCUCCGUACCCAACGCUAUGGCAAUAG